UAAAAUAAUGGAAAUUGUGUAAGGAUCAAUUAAGUAGGAAGAGAAGGCGAACACAGAAGCCGAAACAGAAACGAAGAUGGAAAACAUGAUCAUUGCUUCUGCUUCUUCUUCUUUUUCUUUUUCUUCGAGGGAGGCAGCCCUUGGAGCUCCUCCUCCGCCACUUGAUUCUUCUCCUAAGAAGGCUGCUGGAGGAUGGAGAUCCGUAAAAUACAUUCUGGGAAACGAGUCUUUCGAGAAGCUAGCUUCAAUGGGUUUGAUAGCCAAUCUGACAGUGUAUCUGCAAACCCAAUACAAUAUGGAUGGGCUUCUCGUGGUUAAUGUAUUCAAUGUUUGGUCUGGUUCCUGUAAUCUUACACCAUUAGCUGGUGCUUUCGUAUCUGAUGCAUAUCUGGGCAGGUUUCGCACGCUUCUCUGCGGCUCCAUAUCAUCUUUUCUGGGCACGGUGAUUAUCACUCUCACUGCAGGGAUAAAUGAUUGGAGACCAGCAAGCUGCCAUGGAUAUGUCGAUUGCGAACAGCCUCACCGUUGGCAGCUUGCGAUCCUCUAUGUGGGUCUUGCACUGCUCGCCAUUGGAGCAGGAGGUAUUAGGCCAUGCAACAUUGCUUUUGGAGCUGAUCAAUUUGACACGAGGACAGAAUCAGGAAGAGCCCAACUAACGAGCUUCUUCAACUGGUGGUACUUCUCUUUCACUGUAGCUCUUGUGCUAGCUCUUACAGUGGUUGUCUACGUUCAGACCAAUAUCAGUUGGGUUGUCGGUUACGCCAUUCCAGCCGGUUGCCUGUUCUUCUCCAUUUUAGUUUUCUUGAUUGGCAGACACGUUUACAUAAUGAAGAAGCCGCAAGGAAGCGUCUUUAUUGAGAUUUUCAAAGUUAUUGUAGCUGCCUUUAAAAAGCGGAGUCUUGAUUUGGCUUCUGGGCAUUCUCUUUAUGAUCCUCCAUUGUCUGGAUGGGACCAAGGGGAAGCAAAACUUGAUCGCACUGAUAAAUUCAAGUUCUACGAUAAGGCUGCUGUGAUUGCUGAUCCAAGCGAACUGAAUGAAGAAGGCAAGCCCAGAAAUUCUUGGAGAUUAUGCAGUGUUCAUCAGGUGGAACAGCUAAAACUACUGGUAGGAGUAGUGCCAGUUUGGUUUACAGGAAUUGGUUGCUUUAUUACCAUGGACCAAAUGAGUACUUUUGGGUUGAUGCAAGCAAUUCAAUCAAACAACUCCGUAGGAAAAUUCAAAAUCCCACCAGGCUGGAUGGGCCUCAGUUCGAUGAUUGCCCUUUCAAUCUGGAUCUUCAUUUAUGAGAAAAUUUACCUUCCAGCAAAAAGAAACUCAAAGAAAGACAAAAGAUUGACAAUGAGACAGAGAAUCAACAUUGGUAUUGUAAUGGCAAUUCUAUGCAUGUUGGUAGCUGCAGGCGUUGAGAAGAAGCGCCGAGAAUUGGCUUUGAAAAAUGGCUCGCUCGUGUCACCUCUGCAUCUUCUUUUGCUCAUUCCACAGUUUUCCCUGUCGGGUUUGAUCGAAGCAUUCUCUGCAGUUGCUAUUAUGGAAUUCUUCACCACUCAUUUGCCAGAAAGCAUGAGAACAAUUGCUGGUGCAAUUUUCUUUCUCAGUUCCUCUGCAGCCAGUUACUUGAACACGGUUCUUGUCAAUAUAGUUCAUCAUUGGACAUCAAAGAAUGGACAGACACCAUGGUUGGGAGGCCAUGAUCUUAAUAAGAUUAGAUUGGAAAAUUAUUUCUAUCUUACUGCUGGUCUAGCAGUGUUGAAUCUCCUAUAUUUCAAUCUGUUUUCAUGCCGUUACUUGAACAUUUCUGAUGUACCCGGAUCAUCAGGACAAGAGGAAAGUGACUUGGAACUGAAAGCAACUGCUUAAUUUGCUUUGAUUUCCUUUCUGAAGCCUCAAGUAUUAUUUUGUUGUUUAUUUGUUUUCUUUGUCAGUUAAUUAAUUAGCGAUUCUUUCU